AUGGCAUCGACAACCACCACUUUGAACACAGCCCUGGCCGUGCCUCUAGAGGACUUACCAUCGUAUGAAAACGGCAGCACCCGAGAACUUAGACCUCCCAGCAAUAAUGGAGACACUGAAGCCAGACAAGUGCAGGCGACUGUCUACUCCCGGUUCAGUAAUCUGCAGAAACGGUCCAUCACGGCCUUUCUGGCUCUCUGUAGCUUCAUGACUUCCAUGUCGACCACCUGCAUUUUCCCUGCCAUUCCUGAGUUGAUGCAUACUUUCAACACCACUGCUUCUGUCAUUGGAAUCAGCAAUGCUGUCUAUUUGGCAGUCAUGGGUGCCGCGGCAUUGAUUUGGGGUCCGUCUGCCGAUGUGUUUGGACGCCGAGCCGUCUAUCGGUUCUCUCUUUUCAUGUUCUGUGCUGCCUCUAUCGGCACUGCAUUCUCGCCGACCCUUGCCGCAUUCUUCGUCUUUCGCGGGCUUUCAGCUAUCCCAAGCACAUCAUUCCUCAUCUUGGGAUCAAGCUGCAUUUCCGACAUCUACCACCCAACCGAACGCGGAGCAUCAAUGGGAUGGCUGCUUUCUGGGUCCAUGAUCGGCCCGGCCUUCGGUCCUCUCCUAGGUGGUGCCAUCAUCACCUACCAGACAUGGAGAGUCAUAUUUUACAUGCAGGCAGCUUUGGCCGGUGUAGCGUGCAUACUUGCCCUCUUUUACUUUCCCGAAACAAUUCACUACAUCCGUGCCACGGAGAUAAGUGGCCAUAAAAGGCGCGAAGCUGCAGUGAAGUUGCUUAGAUGGCUCAACCCUUGUGGUAUGGUCAGGUUGUACGGGAACAAGAAUUUUCUGAUGGUGGUUCUUGCAUCAUCCGCUGUUGGAUGGAAUAUGUUUUCCCUUCUUACGCCCUUACGAUUGAUCCUGAACCCCCGGUUGAAUCUCACGACCCCGCUCCAAUCAGGGCUUCUUUACAUUUCUCCUGGCGCAGGUUACCUCGUCGGUGGUUUCAUUGGUGGGCACUGGGCCGACUACACGGUACGAGUGUGGACGGAAAAGCGCGGCUACAGACUUCCUGAAGAUCGUCUGCGAGGCUGCCUGCCGUUCCUUGGCAUCGUUCUCCCCCUUUCCAUGGCCUUGUAUGGCUGGAUGGUAGACAGGAAGCUUGGCGGAAUUCCCGUCCCGGUCAUCUGCAUGUUCUUCCAAGGCGUAGGCCAAACAUCCGCCUUUCCUAGCCUUAACGGUUACAUACUCGACAUUCUGCAAGAUCACAUUGGCGAAGCAUCUGCAAGUCAUUAUUUACUAAGAUACCUGCUUUCGGCAGUUUCCAGCGCCAUUUGUCUUCCAAUGUUAGAACUCGUCGGUGUAGGCUGGAGUUCGACAAUUUCAUCAGCUAUUUUCCUCGCUGUCACGGCUCUAGUAUAUCUGACAGUCCGCCUGGGCAGUGGCUGGAGGGAACAAAAUAACGUGAGGUAA